AGCAGGCAGAAAUACAUUCGUGCACCGUGGGCUCCGAGAAAAACAACUACAAAACUUUCAACAAACGUUAUGAAAGGAGCAUUCCAAAACAUUUUUCCCUUCUGGCGUUUCUCCAGAACAUUUUAGUACUUAUGGUAUGGUCAUUUUAUAUACUUCUAAAUUAGCUACAAGCAGGGAGAAGCAUAUGCAAAUAAAACUUUCUUCGGCUUCGGUGUUAUGAAUCCAGAAUGAACACAACAGAAGACAACGAUAGCAAAUGCUCGCCGGUCCCAAUCUCCAGCUUUACUAUUCAAUCGAUCCUAGGCACCAGAUCUGACGGUGCGCGAUCAGGUGCGAAGGAGAACUUCCAUGGAGGGCUGCAGAGGAAGCGCCCGCUGUCCGUGUCGUCCGAGGGCGAAUGCAGCGGCGAAGAUUCUGCCGAGUGCUUUUGCUCUGGGUCCGGCAACAGUAACUCUUGCAACCAGCACAAGCCACUUAACUUUUCUUGUCUAAAUGCCAGAAAAGGAAUUACUCUCGCGGAAGGUGGGAAAGAACGUCUGCAGCCUCCACAGGAUUACAAAGAGGAAGAGGAGCAAGAAAGACCGUGUAACCAAAUGUCACCAAUUUCCGAGGAGAGGCAAAGAGAUGGAGCAGAAAAACAGAGUAAUUCUGCGAAGAAGAAAACGCGCACAGUAUUCUCACGGAGCCAAGUGUACCAGCUCGAGUCGACAUUUGACAUGAAACGAUAUCUGAGCAGCUCCGAACGAGCCUGUUUGGCUUCGAGUCUCCAACUGACUGAAACUCAGGUGAAAACAUGGUUUCAAAACAGAAGAAACAAAUGGAAAAGGCAGCUCUCGGCCGAACUGGAAGCGGCGAACAUAGCACACGCCUCAGCACAGACUUUAGUUGGGAUGCCCCUUGUGUUUAGAGACAAUUCAUUGUUGCGGGUGCCAGUCCCGAGAUCUAUCGCCUUUCCAACGCCUCUGUAUUAUCCUGGCAGCAAUUUACCGGCGCUACCGCUAUACAAUCUUUAUAACAAGAUUGAAUAUUGACUUCAUGAUGACGUCAGCAUAAAUGUACAAAGGUUUAAAAGGAACAUGCAUAAUUUUGUUUGGCAUAAUCUAUGUAUAUUUAUAUUAUGUUACAACAUAAGGGAAGUAUUAUAUAUCUCUGAAUAUAUACAUAUAUAUAUAUAUAUUAAAUACACAAUGUGUAUAUAUUAUUUUGUACUCUUUAAUUUGGUGUUAGUCUUCACUUUUGCUGAAUUUUACGUGUU